AUGGGAGGUUCGUCGUACCAUCGAUUUGGUGAAGACAACACUAAAAGUGUUUUAACGUGCGAGUUUAAGAAGGUUUUGGUUUUAAGUGUUUCAUUGUUUUUUGUUUUGAUGAGUGGAGCGUUGUUUAUAAGUCUAUUUAUAGUCAAAGUACCCCUUCCAGACAUAACGGAGACAACAAGAGUAGUUGGUACUAUUCAAACACUCCAAAUUCCUAUCCAUGAAGUUUUGGAACAAGUUGACCAAAUUGCGAAAAGUAUGAGAAGGUCGAAUGUGCUUGGUCAAAUAAUAGGGGAAAUUGUGAAUACAACUCUUUUGAGUGUGCAAAACAACGAAAUUACUGAUAAGGAACUUGUAGUGCAAUUUGAAGCAUUUUUAGAUGGUUUUUCGGUCUUUUUAGAAAAAUUGAACGAUUCCAUUUUCAAGAGAUUUGUACCUGAUUCUCUUGUGAGUGAAGUCCGUGAACUUGCAGAUAAAAUUAAAGAAAUGAAUCCAAUAUUAAUAGAAUUGUAUGGAAAGAUGACAGAAAUAAACUCAAAUUUUAAAGGAUUUUUUAGCGUCUUUGACAUCAUCCAAAAGAAGAUGAGCGUUCUUUUGUAUAAAACACCACAAAUUGAAAAGAUGUUUAAUAAUCUGAAUAUAGCAUUAGAUAUGGGAAAUGAAAAGGCGAAAAUGAUUGUUGAUAUGUGGAAUCUCUCAAGUGUUGUUUUUUCAAUUGUGUGUGGUUUUAUUUUCUUUUCUUCGUUAUACAUUGGGUACUUUUCUUGGUUUAAUUUAUUCUGA